CAAAGUGCUCGUAUUUUAUUACAUAACUGCCCCACUCACCAUUUUAUCAUGCUAUGUAUGACUGAGCAACUGAGUAAUCGAAUUGCUGCCACUCUCCCUUCUCCAUCAGCUAAGCUCGCUAUCUCUUUCUUCCUCAGGCAUUAGGGUUUCUACAUUUCCAACCUUCUAGGGAAGUAAGACCACUGGCGUCCGAAGGACGCAAUGUCUGCUGAAUCGCUGCACUUAAAAAAGGGAGACAAAGUGGAAGUUCUCAAGCGCGAAAAAUUUUCAAUAUGGUUUCCGGCGGCUGUGCUCCGACCAUCUGUGAAGAGGAACGACGGGGCCGGUCAAAUAUACGUGGAAUUUGAGACUUUGUGCGCCGAUGAUGAUCCGGCGAAGCGGCGAAAGGAGUACGUCCACUCCUCCUCCGUUCGCCCUGCGCCGCCGCGAGAAAUGUGCUGCUAUUUUAAAGUAGGGGACACCGCGGAUGUUUUGUAUGAACUUAAAGGAUGGAGGGAAGGCACAGUAGAUGAAAUUUUGGAGAACUCAGUGUACGUGGUAGCUCUUCGAGUUGAGGACGGAGAAGAAGAGGGGGAUAGUGUGAAGGCGGAGCAAUGGCAGUUGAGGGUGCAUAGGGACUGGAAAGAUGGGUCUUGGGAUCCACCACUUCAGCCUCAAGCAGACUGUCACCCGCAACAGUACCCGCAGAACAUAUCUAAAGAUUCAGUAAUUACAGCAAGUGGAGUCAAACUCCGGAUAAAAUGUACUAGUAGAUCACUUGUUAGAAAGUUCGGUAAGGAAAAGCUUGUAGAGGUUAAACAUGACAAGGAAGGUGUUGAUAUAUCUUGGUAUGCUGCAGUUGUUAUGAAGGUAUUAGAAAACGGGAAGUUCCUAGUGCAAUAUCAGACCCUAAAGUCAGAGAAUGGGAUUGAAUUCCUCACAGAAGAGGUUGAUGCCACAUUCGUCAGACCAUAUCCACGUGAAAUCGAAAGGAUUAAUCCGUUUGAGUAUCUUGACAGAGUUGAUGCUUGGUUUAAUAAGGGGUGGUGGGAGGGAUAUGUGUGGGAGGUUUCUGACGAUAUGAAAUAUGUGGUUUGUUUGGGAUCCGCAAAUGAAUUCUCAACAUUUGAACAUUCUAACUUGAGGCCUCAUCAAGAUUGGAUAAACAACAAAUGGGUUGCAGCAACAAAGUUUGAUUUGCCAAGGAGCUCAAACGCUGUGAAAGCAAAUUUGUAUGCCACGAAGGUGAAGAUCAGAAGUGAUGGAAAGGCAUCAGUUCCAACUUUCAGCAAGGGAAUGAUAGUAGAAGCCACAAGCUUUGAAGAAGGUUACCAUGGUUCUUGGUUCACCGCAGUCAUUUUCGACACUAUAGAAGAGGAGAACAGGUAUGUGUUGGAGUAUCAGACUCUGAAGACAGAUGAUGAAUCUGAACCUCUUAAAGAAAAGGCUGAUGCCUUCAAUAUCCGCCCUUGCCCUCCCGUCAUUGAACGAUUAGAUCGCUUUAAAAUGUUUGAAGAAGUUGAUGCCUGGUACAAUGAUGGAUGGUGGGAGGGUCUCAUUUCCAAAGUCCUUGCAGGCUUAAAGUAUGUGGUGUAUUUCUGGAACACAAAUGAAGAAAUAGAAUUUGAACAUCAUGGUAUCAGGCCUCAUCAGGAAUGGGUUGAUGGGAAAUGGGAAAUUGCCUUCAGGAAGUCCAACAAGCUACCUAAUCCCAAACUUGGGAUGAUGAAGAGAUUCAGCACUGGAAUUGUGUCAUGUGGACCUUUCUGCGCUGGAACAAAAGUGGAGGUGAAAGACGGAGAUGAAAAUCAGAGAAGAUCUUGGUAUUAUCCGGCUUUUAUUUUACGGCCAAUAGGAAAUGACAAGUACAUGGUAGAGUUCAGGACACUAAAAUAUGAUCAUGCAAAUGAACUGCUGAUUGACGUAGCAGAUGCUUUGUGUAUAAGGCCUUCUCCUCCUAUAUUGCAAAGAACUGACCAGUACAGACCUCUUGAAGAAGUUGAUGCUUGGUUUAGUAAUGGUUGGCGGGCCGGUCAAGUAUGUAAUGUUCUUGAGGAUGGGAGGUAUAGUGUCUGUUUUGGGACUGCAAAUGAGUUGUUGGAAGUUCGACAUAAUGGUUUGAGGCCGCAUCGGGAAUGGAUAAAUGGCACAUGGGUGAAUUCUCAACGGGAGGUUGAUUUGCAGGAGUAGAUGGUGUAGCAGGAAAGUUGUACCAACGUAGUCCAUUGUCAAUUCCCACUAUGCACAGCUCUGACUCAGGAAAUUAGAAAUCAACUUAUGAAUCAUCAUCAAACUGACAAUUUGGGGGUCUUCCCGGAGGAAGUUAUUGUCCAGAUUCUCGCACGAUUGCCAGUAAAAUCACUUGCCAGAACAAAAUGCGUUUGCAAAUUCUGGAAAACCCUAAUUUGCGACAAAUACUUCGCUCAAAUCUACAACGAAGCAUCAAUUCGAAACCCUAUGGUUCUAUUGGACGCAUGCGAGUCCUCAUCCGCCGGCGGAUUGAUCUGCGUCGACAAUAAAACUGGCGUAUCUGAAUUAUCUCUCGAUUUCGUAAGAGACAGAGUGAAAGUUAGGGCUUCCUGUAAUGGGCUGUUGUGUUGUUCAAGCAUACCUGAUAAAGGUGUCUACUAUGUCUGUAAUCCCAUGACCAGAGAGUACAAGCUUUUACCCAGAAGUAGGGAAAGACACAUCACUAGGUUUUACCCAGACGGUGAGGCCACACUAGUUGGCCUGGCUUGCAAUUUGUCAACGCGACACUAUAACGUUGUACUGGCCGGGUACCACCGGUCAUUCGGGCACCGCCCCGAGAGGAAUUUCAUAUGUUUGAUCUACGAUUCGGAAUCUAAUAAGUGGAGGAGAUUUGUCUCCUUCCAAGACCACCAGUUCAAGCAAAUGAACAAGAAUCAGACAGUUUUUGUUAAUGGGUCGUUACACUGGUUGACUGACACCGGUUCUUGUGUUUUAGUCCUCGAUUUGGCCAGUGAUGUUUGGCGGGAAAUCCGACUGCCGGACGAAGUGGGUUGCACGGUCGGAAACCGGGUUUACUUGCUGGAAUCGGACGGAUGUUUGUCUGUUGUACGGAUAUCAGAUGCUUGGAUGAUUGUUUAUGUGAUGAGAAGCUAUGAAAAGGAAGAAUGGGACUUGGUGGAUCGAGUGAGUCUGAGAUGCAUAAGAGGGAUGGUUCCCGGGGUGUUUCCUAUAAGUCAAACGGGUGAAUGUGUGUUUCUUGCCACACACAAGCAGGUUUUGGUGUAUAAGACAAAGAGCAAGGUGUGGAAGGAGGUGUAUUCUGUGAAGAAUGUGUCCAGGCUGCCUUUAUGGUUCUCUGCUUAUUCGUUUCGCAGCACAAUCUUUUCAUGUCAUUGAAUUCUCCUUUAAUUCACUUCUUUUAUGUUGAUAAAUUGAUGGACUUUUGGGGGUGCAUUGAUCAUUUGAGUGAAUAUCGUUAAAAUACAAGUUUGAUGGUCAGAGUCUUGUAGUAUUUGGCAAUCUUGAGUUUAAGGCAAUGUAAAUAAAAAUAAGGUGCCAACUUAUCCUCGAGUUGUGAUAUUCUUUUACUAAAAUAAACUGAGAAUAAGGUUGUAUGGUGUUGACAAUCUCAACAGUAUCAAGUGGUAUUCCGAGCUACGGAGUAACUUGUACGAGUAUAUUGUUGCUCUUCUUCAGUUCUGGAGAGCUAGAUACGAAGUAUAUUAUAUUGGAAAUCAGAGUUUGAAAAUUUUUAUACGGUCAUUUUAGGUGCCAAAACUUCAUACGUUAAUAUGUAUAUAGUAGGAGUAAUUGAAUGGGUUAUAAACUAUGUAGCACGGAUACUUCAUUGGGAUAUUGUCUAGGUGUAUCAGAAAUGUUCAUAUAUCAGAUACUAUAAGAUUCACGUAAUGUAUGUUCUUGGGUCGUAUUUGCAAUUUAUUAAAAGUUUCCAACUUUUUGUUAUAUAUUUCAAAAUUUC